AUGUCCACGAGUGGAGAUGUCGACAUCACUCAGCGCCCAUCUUCCGCAGCCCUUAUCUAUUCCUACACUGACACAGUCCGAUCCCGUUCUCGGCUAGGCCUAUACGUCUCGCUAUCUCCUCGCUUCGGCAAUAUAUCGCCUUGUCCUCUCCUCGGCCAAAGAAUAUUAUUUCUAAAAGUACCGCAAUAUCGGGAGAUAGGGACAGCGAACUGCGCCUUAGCUACAGGCCGAUAA